GAAUUCUUGCUUCAUCUCAGUGGACGUUCUCCAGAGGCAGACGCUGCUUGCAGCGAUGGCGACCUCUCUAUCCCCACUCGAACAGGACCUGUCAUGUCCCGUGUGUUUAGAAAUCUUUAACGACCCAGUGAUUUUGCCCUGCAGUCACAGUUUCUGUAGGAAGUGUCUACAGCGGACCUGGGAAAAGAAAUUGGAAAACAAUUGUCCUGUCUGCAGGAGUCGACCAUCAGAAGAUCAUCUUUCUUCCAACCUGGCUCUGAGGAACACCUGUGAAUCUUACUUGCAGCAGAAGAGAGUGCAGGACUCAGACACCCAGAGAUGUUCUCUACACUUUGAGAUGCUCAGUCUGUUCUGUGUGGAUGAUGAGAAGCUGGUUUGUACACAGUGUGUGUCUCGGGAUCAUCAGAAUCACAGUUUCUGCUCCAUCAGCAAAGCUGCCAGCCCACGCAAGGAAAAGCUGAAGACUUGUCUAACAAACUUAGAGGCAAAACUUGAAAUUUUCAAAAAAUGUAAAUACAUCAGUGACCAGGAGGCUACACAUAUUAAGCGCCAGGCCCAGAACACAGAGACACAGAUAAGGGAGGAGUUCGAGAAGCUUCACCAGUUCCUCAUAGAAGAAGAGGAGGCCACCAUAGCUGCACUGAAAGAGGAAGAAGAGGAGAAGAGCCAGAGGAUUAGGAAGAAGAUCGAAGAGCUAGAUGAGCAGAUAAUGGAAAUAAGUUCUAGAGCCACCGAAUUAAACAAUAUAUUAAAGAAAGAUGCACUGAUUGUACAGGAUUUCAAGAAGGCAAGUCAAAGAGCUCAAUACAAAGUACCAGAUCCAGCACUUGAGUCAGGAGCUCUGAUUGAUGUGGCCAAACACCUAGGAAAUCUGAGUUGCAGAGUUUGGAAGAAGAUGAAAAACCUCUGUCCUUACUUUCCAGUGGUCCUGGACCCGAACACUGCAAACCCCUCCCUCAGUAUUUCUGCAGAUCUGAGCAGUGUCUCACCAUGUUCUGAAAACCUUUCACUUCCAGACAACCCAGAGAGGAUAAAUGCAUAUAGGGGCGUUCUGGGUUCUGAAGGGUUCUCCUCAGGAACUCACAGAUGGGAAGUGGAGGUUGGAAACAGUGAGGAUUGGAUUAUAGGAGUGGCUGUAGAAUCUAUCAGGAGGAAGGAAGUCUGUGGAGCACUCCCAGAUUAUGGGUUCUUCUGUAUAUGGAGGGAUGCUGAUGAGAUUAGUGCUGGAAUGUCCAUAAAUUCUUAUGAAACUCUUAUGACAAAGCCAACGAUUAGGAGAAUCCGUGUGACUCUUAAUUUGGAGAAAGGUCAAGUUACUUUUACCAACCCACAUUGUAAUAAAGACUUGUAUUCUUUUGAUCUAACAUUCACCAAGAAGAUGUAUCCAUACUUCAAUAAUGAUGGUAAAAACUCCUUAAAAGUUCUGCCUGCCCUCAUCAGAUUUUAAACAAGAAGCACCAUUCCUGCUUUUUUUAAUUGUAUCAUAAAUAUUAGAUGUUAUUCCUGAAUGAUGUUUGAUUUUGGUGUUUGCUAUGGGUAUUGUGUUGGUACAUUUGAUUUUGAAUAAUUAGGGCAAUAAUAUAAGUAUAAUAAGGAUGAUGACUCAGAUAUUUGAGCAGUUAUAUUGUAUUGUGUUAGUAAUACUACACAGGGAUGUUAAUAAGCUUUUCUUUCACAUGUAUGUUAGACAAUGAUCAGACAGAUCUAUUAUUUUAUCUGCUAUAUUACUCAUAUCUGCACUAUAAAUGUCAAGACCAGUGGCAGUUGGUGCUUUCUGACGCAGGUGGAGAGAAUCUAAGAGUAAAAAAGUAAAACUCAAAGUACUGUUCAAAGAUUCAAAGCCUUAUUAAGUUUGUAUUAUCUUACCUGUUAGGGACCAGGUGAAAAACAUUCACUGGGAUGCCAAGUAGCUAACAAUUAUGUAGCUAUACAAGCUUUAAUGACAAGGGAACAAUUCAAUUUGAAGCUAGCAUAGACUGCUAAUUGUUAGCCAGUUAGCUCCCAAAUGAUUUUUUCUUCUGCUUGUCCGCAUGGGUGCAGUUGUGGGCUGGAGGUUAGGAAACUGGCUC